AUGGUCCCUGAAGAAAUCUACGAAAUAUGUCUGCCGAUUCUCGAGGAUGGCUCCACCGGAGAGGAAGAAAAGGCCGAAAAGCUUGAACUCCUCCUUCGGGAGAAGGUCUCCUUGUUAGGCAGCUCAUUGGAGAAUGCGGUAUUGGAUGUGCUGUGGCGUCAUCGUAGCUCCGCCAAGCCUGACUCCUCACCCCCCCUCCGCCAUACGGUUAUUCGCCGCGCUUCACCCGCCCCUUGGCAGAUCCCUCGUGCCUCCACUCCUCUCUCCCCUCCAUCCAACUCGGGAACGAGCCCCGCUGCUCCUCCCGGGUUCCCUGUCCCGCGAGGAGGCUUUCCUCGGGCACCCAGGUCCCUAACCGCAUCUCCUUUUACAUCACCUCGCCCAUCCCCACGCCUUGCCCUGGCACACCCUAUCCCCCACAGCCCAAGCCUUAGCGCCUACGAAUUUUCCGAUCAAACUUCCGCUCCUGAAAUAUACGGCGACCUCGGUAGCGAUAAUGUGGACUGGCUAGUAAAUGACGAUGCCAGGAGUGUGACUCCCUCGACAGGCCUGAGCGGGGCUGCUCCAGAGUGGGCUGCGCCACCUGAUAUGAGCCCCUACGACAUUCUGAGAUCCGUUCUCGGGAAUCGCAGAACAAAUGAAGACAUUGAACAAGCUCUAGAGGCAAAUGGGUAUGAUCUGGGAGCUACAAUUGCUGUCCUCGCGAAUCAAGAGGAGGAAAAUGCGGCUACUCCCACCAACGAGGCUCGAAUUUUAGUGGGGAAAUCCAUGGCAAUGGACGAAAUGCGCCCCGUCACGCCGUCUACCCAAACACGAAGUCCCGUGGUCUGCAAGUACUGGUUGUCGACUGGACAGUGCCUCAGGGCUGACUGCCGGUUCAGUCAUGAUUUGACUGGCCACAUUUGCAAGUACUGGUUGCAAGGCAGCUGUCUUGCUGGUGAUGGUUGCCCCUUUUCUCAUGAUCCUUCAACCCUGGUUGGAGCACUGACGAUAACCAGCCACAAUGGAGCUAACAUGGGUGGUUUUGUUGACGGUUUUGUUGACAACACUCAGCCAGGAUACCAAUUUCAGGAUAAUUACGAUUCCUUUCCUGCUCUACAACCUUCGAAUAUGGAAACUUGGCCCAAUGCUGUCGACGACCCCGAGGCAUUUCCCACUCUAUCUGCAGUAAAGGGGGCAGGGAAGAAACAUCAUGGGAAACGGGGGAAUGGACACCACCACGAUAAUUCUGGACACAAGGAAAAUAGUCCUUCCUCGCUGGCUGAUGUUGUCCGCAUGUCUCCGUCUCCAGCGCCAGGUCAUCGGAAAGGUACUCCUAAAUCUAAUCGCACGUACACUACGAGUCGCGAAAAUAGUGCUGCGGCGCAGGCAAUUCCUACACCUAAACACAUUCCAUGGCUUGAAACGGGAAAUCGCGUCAAUCAGCAGUAUCUCAAAUAUCGCCAUGAUGCCAUACUCAUGGCAACUGCCGCACAAGCUUGGAAUAGGAACGAUGCUCGUGCAGCCAAAGCUCUGUCGCUCCGUGGGCAAGCUGAGAACGAGGCUAUGCGCCGCGCGCAUCGUGAGGCGGCUCGGCAUCUUUAUGAAGAACGAAACAAGCAUCUGAGUAAUAACAGCGAUGACGAACUGUAUGUUGACCUUCACGGCCUGCAUCCCAGCGAGGCAAUUGAAUAUCUGGAGAAUAUCCUACUGGAGCACGCGAAACUUGGCCGCCGGGUGCUCUACGCUAUCACCGGCACAGGACAUCACAGUAAAAAUGGCAAAGACAAAGUCGGCAAGGCGGUCAAAGCCUGGCUGAAUGAAUGGCGAUACGUUUUUCGUGAGUUUAGUGUCCCCGGUGAGCGUGGCGGCUACAUUGGCGGGGUCUUGGGGAUCGAUCCAACGAGCUAUGACCGGAACGCCGUCUCUGCGAAAUCCAAUGGGAAAGGGGGUUCAUCUACGGAUGGUGAUAGGAACAACCAAGGCACUGGCGAUGAGAAUUCGACAACUGCUAAUUCCGGCGCAGUUCUCACCAUGGGCAAGAUUCAGCUGUUAAAGAGAGAAGAUUCUGGUACAAAUGAAAAAUGA